AUGUCCCUGACAGACGCGGAGCCUGCGGCGGGGAAGCGGGCGUCGUCCGUCGACACCGCGGGGGAGGAACACGCGGGCGGCGGCGCCCCCGCAGCGGCGGAGGCGAGGACGAACAGCAGCAGCGCGUGCAAGCUGCCGCAGUGCGAGGAGUACCCCGCGGAGCCGCCGCCUGCCCGCGACGGAAGCACGGCUUCGGCUGCAGCGGAGGAGUACCCCGCCUCCGACAGCGAGGGACCCUCCAAGCGGCAGAGCGCGACCGCCGUGCCGCCGCCGGGCACAGACGCGGGCGGCUCCGCGGGGGAGAAGCGGGCGAAGAAGCCGCCGAAGCUGCCGCACUUGUCCUCCGCGGGGGCGCUCUCCACACCGCACACCGCGGCGGCGGGGGACGCGCGGCAGCCGCGGCAGCGUGCGGAGAGAGCGCCGUCUACGGUGCGGCAGAAGCGGGGGCAACACCCGCCGCGUCCGUGUCACGCAGGGACGGCGGCGGCGAAAGACGGCGGAUGCGCCACCCCCGCCCCUCGUGAGGAGGAUCGGCGGCGGGGUGAGAGCAGCUCGCCGCAGUCGUUUCUCUGGUACUUCACCGACGUCUACAUGAAGCCGGUGAGGACGCCGAGGCGCCGACCGGACACGCGCCAUGCGAAGGGUUCGGAGGAGGGCGGUAAAACCGUCAAGCACGAGGCGGCUCGGGCGCCGGAGCGCAAGGCGGACGACGAGCGCCGCGCGGAGGAGUACCCCGUGGAGGACGCCCACAACGAGGAGACCCCCUCCGAGCGCCUCAAUAAGCACAACAACGCGAGGUGGAGCGAGGGCGGCGACACGAAGUCGAGGUGGGUCCCGCCUUCGCGGGGGGCGAACCACCUCUCCAGCAUGAGCUCAGUGAAGAUGUCCCCCGGCAAGAGGGACCCCGCGGAGGAAACCUGGGUGGAACACCAGCACUCGCAAACGUGUGUUUCAAUCCCGUCCCUGCAGGCCCGGCGGCAGAACGACGCCUUUCAGCGUUGCCUGCAUGUACUGCUUGACCGAUGUAACAACAGGAGCGAGAAGGACAUGGUGACGCACCUGGGGUACAGCUACUCCCGCAUCCUUGCCCUCAAGCGGGGCUACAAGCUCACUGGCUCCGCAGAAGGUGAGGUGACGUACCGCCAGGCGCUACUCCCACCCCCGCGUCGCGAGAACGAGGAGCGGACGCAGAAGCCCGCGCAGCGCGUAGACCGAGGCCACACCAAUAACAGCAAAAGCAAUAAGCACAAAAGCAGCGGGCAACAGAAGUCGUCUGCGCCACUCCUUGGAAACGGCUCGCCGAUGAAGCAACCGCGGCAUGCGGGUGAAAGCGGCGUUGUGGAGCUGCCAACUAUAUCGACAGUACACGAGCCCCGAGAUGAGGUUGUGGAGUUGGGAGUGGGAGUGUAUGAGGAAAGUAGAAGCACGAGGGAGUCCAGAAGCGUGGAACAGGGGGAGGAAUCAAAUGUACAUUGUAGCGAGGAAAACCACCAUGAGCUGCUGGCUUGA